UUAAUUUCGAUGAAGAAAAGAUUAAAGAUAAAAAUGCAUUAACUGAAGAUGCUGAAUUAGAUAAUCAAGUAAAAUUUACAGUGAGUAACAUUCACAUAAUUACUAACACUGUGGUUCCAUUUGGACUUAAAGCCUCAAUUGCUUUGAGAAAAAAACUUAAGGAAGCAAUUUAUGAUCAUUACAAGUUUUGGAAAGCUGGACAACCCUUAAAGAUGCUCUUGUAUUUAAUUUAUCGUUUGAUAAGGGACCAAACUAAUUCGUGGAGACGAGAUUAUGAGUCUAAAGCAAUUUGUAAUCGAAUAUUCUUUCAAUUACUGAAACAGCCUAAUGAUUCUUGGAAUGGUUUUAAGAUUAGAUAUAAUGUAACACUAGAAGAUGUAUUGCGUAGAAUUGCCAAAUAUCGUACUCAAGAAGUUAAGGAUCUGAAUGUAAUUAUUAUUCUGGAUGGUUUACAAGUAGCAAUGGAUGAUACUAAAGAUGGAAAAAACAAAAGCAAAAAUUAUUUAUUUUACGAUUGCAUCUCCAUACUUUGCAUUCUUUCAUUUACUGAUCCAUUUGUUAUUGUCUGUUGUACGGUCACCAUUAGUAUACCUAUUCAUGGUUUCCUUGCCAGUUCACAACAAAAAAGAGUUUUUCUACCAGUUACAUCAUUACAACCCCCGAAAAUAAAUAACAUCCCAGUUUUUAAUGAUAGUUCAACAAUGAAUAUGUUUAUAGAUGACAUGGGAGGUCAUGGACAUGCAUUAGAGGCUUUGGGAGAAGCAGUUGUAGAUAAAGAUAUGAUCAAAGUCAAUUAUAUUGAUCUAAUAAACAAUGUGCGAUUGAAUCUUAAAUAUAAUUAUUCAGAUGACGUAAUAACGUAUGGACUAGUCCGAUUUGAGAGUUCCGAUCCUGACCGUGUUGUUGGUUAUCUAUCAUGUCCGUACAUUUGGCUAUGGAUUAUGGCUCAUGCAUACCACGAAAAUAUAAAUGAUCCAUUGUUAAGGAAGCCUAAUAUUCCACCUGGUUGCCAAUACUGGCAACAACAUUUUGAGCAUUUUGUCGCUCAAUUUCGCUCUCUAAAAUCGAAUAUCUAUAAUUAUGAUAAUCGAGUUGAUCUUAGUGUCAUUCAUAAUGGUGCCACUCAUAACUUUGGCCAAGUUUCCAUAUCGAAUCGACAACUUACAUUAUCAAAAUCAGUUGAAAGAAGUCUAAAGAUUAUAGGAAUCAAAAUGAAAUAUACUGUUUUGGAGAUAGCUUUUGUUCAAUAUAUAUGGCAGAGACUAAACAAUUACAAACGGAGGCACAUUAGUAGCAAAUUAUUGAGAGAACAAAGCAUUUCUCAGAAAAUUUUUGAAGAAGAAUAUAACAACGCAACUAGUUCAGGAGAUAUUUUCAUCUUUUACACCUCAGCAUCCUGCCAGAAACUUGAACUCCAACCAAUGUCUGCAAUCGUUAAUAAAGAAAACUGGAAAGAAUAUUUCGGCACUUUUGCUGGAAGAUGUUAUAAUUAUGUCAUGGGGCCACCAGUUAUUAAUAAAGCGACCUUCACUCAGCUGUCUGAAAUUGAGAAGAUUGCAAAAAACGUGCUAGAAUUAUCAUGGAAGAACGAGAUCUUGUUGAAUUUUUUGAUAUUGAUGAUAGUGAAGUAG